AUAAAAACCAUCUACUUCGAAUGCUUUAUUUCUUAUUCAUUGAAGAGUAUAAGGAUUAACAUAUUCAUAUCAACAACAAGAUUAUGUGGUUUCAAAAAACUGACAUUUAAAACAACACUAGUAGUCAAUGGAUAUAUUUUCUAAAAGAAAUAAAUAUGGAAAACGUAACAAAAAAGGCUGUUGUAGGAUCAGAAGAAGAUUGGAUAGAAAUGCAAAACAAUACGUUUACAAAUUGGGUAAAUGCAAAUCUUAAACAACGUGGUAUGUCUGUGGAAAGCAUUGCUUUUGGCUUUGAAGAUGGAGUAAAACUAGUGAAUUUAUAUGAAAUUGUAGCAAAGAGAAGUCUUGGUAAAUAUGCAAAGAACCCAAAGUUUCCUAACCAGAAGCUUGAAAAUGUUUCUUUAGUGCUUAAAGCUAUGCAGCAGGAUGGAGUGAAACUUGUAAGUAUUGACAGCGACCACGUGGUUAAUUGUAAUUUUAAAAUGAUCUUGGGUUUAAUAUGGCAGCUAAUCCUUAGGUAUCAAAUCAGCGGUACAGAAGAUAAAAGCAUAAAAAUUGCAUUAAAAAAACUUCUUUUAGUAUGGCUUCAGCAUGUCAUUCCAGAACAAAAUAUUACCAACUUAACUAAUGAUUGGAAUAAUGGAAUAGCUUUAUGUAAUCUAAUAAAUGUUUUACAUCCUGGAUCAUUCCCAGAGUACAACAACUUGCGCCAAGAAGAUGCUUUUUCAAAUGCAUGUAGAGGAAUGAAAUUAGCUGAAGAUAUGUUUAAUAUUCCACAAAUUAUAAGUGCGGAAAACAUGAUAAACAAAAAUGUCGACGAGUUAAGCAUGAUAACUUACUUGUCUUAUUUCACAAAAGAUAAUGGUAUUGGAGUACUAUGGACUUUAAAUCUAGUCAAUAAGUGGAACAGUAGUAUAGGUGUAAAAAACUUUAACAAAGAUUGGAAUGACGGCAGUGCGAUCAGAAACUUAAUAAACACAUUCCAGCCAAAUCUGGUUCCAGAACCUAUUUCAAAUGAUAACGAGGAAAACUGUAAAACCGCUAUGGCAAUAGCAGAAAAAGUAUUUUUAAUACCACAAAUUAUAUCUCCAUCUGAAAUGGCAAACCCUAAAAUUCCAGAGCUAGCUAUUAUGGCUUAUGUCGUACAGUUUACAAAGGUAAAACCAAUUAUAAUUCCGUCAACAAAAUUUUCUUUAUCGGGUGCUGGGAUUGUUGAGCCAAAAGUUGGUGCUAUAAACGAAUUUUAUAUUCGUUGCAGUGAUGACACUUUGGAAAUGGAUGAAUUAGAGGUGGAGAUUAUUGGACCAAAUUUAGUUCCUAUCAAUUUUAAAUAUGAUAUUAAUAAUCCUCUUUUAAGGACGUAUAAAUACAAUGCAGAAGAACAAGGAAUCUACCGAAUAUCUGUUAUGUAUCUAGGAAAUCAUGUACCUCAAAGCCCUGUCAUCACAAUUGCGAAGCAAGAUCUAGAGAUAAUUAAAGUGCGCGGAGAAGGAUUAUCAGGAGGUCAUCUACAUUCUCCAGUCAUAUUUAUUGUUGAUGUUGGAGCAGCUAAUUCCCAGGUUGAAGUUAAUAUUGAAGGGCCAGAUGGAAAACUUGUUAAAAAUAUUGUUAAAAACAAUAAAGAUGGCACUUACACUGUCAAGUAUACCCCACUGGUUGAAGGAAUUCACCUCAUUGAUUUAACUGUUAACAGACAAAAAUUACCUGGUGGACCAAUUAAAACCAUGAUUACUGAUCUUGGAUCAGUGACAGUCACAGCAAAACAGUAUGAAAUAGAUAAACAACUAUACGCAGAGCUUCAUGAACGAAUUGGAAUAGCUGUUGACACCUCAUCUUCAGGUGUAGGAACAUUAACUGCUGAAACUAAAGGACCUAACAAGAAGCCAGUAGAGACAGAUAUUGAAAAUGAUGGAAAUGACAGCUAUACAGUUUCAUUUACUCCAAAUAUUGUAGGAGAAUUUUAUACGAAUGUAUAUUGGAAUGGAAAAAAAAUUCAGGGAUGUCCAUUUGUUGUUUGGGUAAGCGAUUGUACGAAAGUGAAAACUUGUGGAGAACCUUUGAAGUAUACUAAUAUUCAUGAAGAAACAUUUUUUAAUAUUACAACUUUUGGAGCUGGUCCUGGUAAUUUGACUGGAUACAUAGAAAAAGAAGGCUUUCAAAUACCACUGAAUAUUUCUAUGAAAGAUAUUAAUACAUAUGCUUGCAGUUUUCGUGCAAAUGAAGUUGGUGAACAUAAUGUUUGUAUUUAUUAUAAUAAUGUUUCUAUACAUGGAAAUCCACAUAAAGUCAAUGUUUGUAAUCCAAAAAAAGUUGUUGUUGUUAAAGGGACUGAUUCUAAUGUUUUAUUGCUUAACCAACCUCACUCUCUGGAAAUUGAAUUAGGAGUUGGUGCUGGGUUAGGGGAACUUAGUUGUUCUGUCAUAGGUCCAGUUGGAGAAAUUCCCUCUUCAAUUAAAGAACUAACUUAUAACAGAAAGGAAAUCAGGUUUGUACCAGUAAUACCAGGAAGUUAUGAAGUCAAAAUUUUUUAUUGUCAAAGGUUAAUUACAGGCUCUCCAUAUACUUUCAAAGUUUAUCCUAUUGCACCAGAGCAUUUAUUAAAUGAAAAAGAAGAAAAUCAAAUUUCCAAGGUAGAUCCUAGUAAAGUUACGAUAAGCACUAGCUUUCUGGAAGCAAUAGUAGAUGAACCUAGUCGUUUAACUGUCAACCCGAAAUAUGCUGGACCUGGUCAUUUAAGUGCCACCUUUCAAGGAGAAAAUAACACUAAUAUUGUAGUAGGUAUUCGAGAUAACAAUAAUGGAACCUAUGAGGUCACUUAUACACCACCUUCUUCUGGGAAAUAUGUUUUAAAUCUUUACUGGGACGAUCAACACAUUCCAGGUAGUCCGUUUAAUGUAGUAGCAAGGAAAAAAGAAGAGGAAGAAAAGUUCAUUCUUAAAGGCAAUGGUAUUAGAGAAGGUACAGCUGGGCAACCUGUUCUUUUUACACUUGACGGGAGAAGAGCGGGACACGGAAAACUAAGUUGCAAAUGUCGAGCACCAUCUGGAAAAAUGACUUAUGUUCUUAUAUCUGAUAAUAAAGACGGAACAUACACUGUUGACUUGAAUGCAACAGAGCCUGGUUUGCAUACAGUUGAAGUAGAAUGGGACAAUCGUCCUAUAACAGGAUCGCCGUUUCUUGUAAGAAUUAUGCAGGCUACUGACGCCAAAAAAGUUAAAGCUCGAGGACCUGGUUUAGAGUCUGGAAUAUUAGCUAAUUUUCAAGGUAAUUUUAAAGUUGAUUCAAAAGGAGCAGGUCCCGGAACACUUAAAAUUAGAAUUCACGGACCAAAAGGUGCUUUUAAAGUUGAAAUGUUUCGCGAAAGUGACCAUGAUCGCCUUGUUACAGUCCGUUAUAAUCCAACUGAGCGAGGAAUUUAUACGGCAAAUGUUUUUUGGUCUGACGAGCACAUUACAGGAAGCCCUUUUGAAAUUUUUGUGGCGGAAAAUGAAAAAGAAUUAAGGUUAUGGAAAGAAAAUAAAGAACACGCGCAAAAACAAGCUGAUGCCAAAAAACAACAGAAUUUAUUGACCACUGGAUAAUAAAAAGAUAUAUACGAAUAUAUAAUUAUAUAUUUGGAUUUUUCCAAUGUUUCAGAGGUUUUCUCAGAGCUUUACCUAAUAACGAUGGCUACGACGGUGGAUGCAUAGCAAUGGUUAGUUGACUGCACUUCCACAAAAAGUAAAAGGAUAUAAGUUUAUGCAUAAUAAGUUAAAUAAAUUGAAAAACAAAACAGACAAACAACUUAUAUAAUUCAUGCACUCAAAACAUAAUAUAUAUAUUUCCUAAUGAGGUUGAUCUUCAUUGCGUAAUUUCUUUAUUAAAUAAUGUUUUGAGUAUUUUUUCAAGUUGAUUUAAGUUUGAGCGUUUACAAGGUUCUUUUGUUAAAGAGAUUAUACCUCUAAAAUUA